UCAAACCUAAACCCAGCCUAUCAGCUGAUCCGAUUCCUAUGCAUCAAUUGGUCCCUUUCAAACAGGGCGCCCUAUUUAAAUGGAUUUUCAGUCUGUCUGCUUGGCUGCUUUCACUGCUUUGCUUGCAAAAGCGCAGUUUCUUGCAACAUGAUUAUACGCUUUUAUUUUGCUGUAACGUUACUCACCCAACUGCUGACCAUGUCUGCCGCCGCAAAUGAUAACGUUACAGAUCCGUGGCAAAUUGAAUUCAUCGAAGAAUCCCAGCAUCAAAUAAGUCAAGCGGAGGAAGCCAUUAAUGACGAAAGCAAUGCUUCUGUCCGCCGGAGCUCUCGCCUGGCAAGUAAAUCAUCUUGUAGUCCUCCCAGCAUCAUUGACUGGCCGCUGCCGAAAUUACUGGAAACCUUAUACAGACACGACAUCCCGGCACCAACUGGAGCUUCGCAUAAGGAACUUUUUGCUUUGCUUUGUGAAAAAAUUGACGUUCCAGCAGCAGAUAUUCCUCCUCCUCCUCCAUUCUCCGGCAAGAAACAGACGCAGAAGAGAAAGAAUCUAGAACCGGCUUCCACUUCGGCUGAUGUUGCACCCAAGCGGGCAGGCGGAUCCGACGUCUCAACCCGAGCAAUCUACUCUUCUUCAGUCCAAAACAACGACCCAGUGUUGUCAGCUUUGUCCAGCAUUCAGUCUUCGCUCUCCAACAUGAAUUCCAGAAUUCAAGCUCUUGAGUCCGGUUCAAGAUCUAAGGCCUCGGCAAACUUUUCCAUUUCUGGUCCGUCUUGCGAUAACUCCUCAUCGACCACGGCGCGGCUGCCCGUGUUUACUCCGCAGCAGAAUGAUGACGUCAUCAAUUCAGUGACUAUACCACGAAGAACUAUGGGAAGUGCAGUUCCCGUGACUACAGGCUCUCCAUUCUUUCCGCCGGCUGCUGCGAUUUCUCAUCAGUUGAGAAGCCAAAUCAUCGCAGGUGUCGUCCACAAGCUUGUCUGGAGGACCCAUUAUUUACAACAGAGGAGGGAAAGCCCAUGUCCAGAGCCUGGUUUGCAUCCCGUUUCCGCCUGCUUUGUCAAUUCUGCGGGCUACCCCCAGAGUGUUAUUCGGCCCAUUCGCUGCGCAUAGGGGCUGCUACAACUGCAGUUUCCUCUACUCCCGUUUCUACCCUAAAAGCUAUGGGAAGAUGGUCUUCGGCAGCUUAUGAACGGUACCUCCGGCCAGAUACUCGAGCCAUCCUUGAGGCUCAGAAAGCUAUGAGUAAUGAUUGUGAUAUGUAGUUAAAAUAAAUAUCGCUUCAGUAAUUUAUUGCUUACUUUUUAUUUAU